AUGGUUAAAAGAGACGAGACAGAGUUAGAUAAUGAUGGACAAAAGACUCAUUACUGGAUAAAGGGGAAGAAACGUGCUAGAAGAGGCUUUUUAAAGACGUUGGAUGGACUUCUUGGAUCCGGGACAAAACAGAGCUCGCCUUUUGUACGGCUCUUCAAUGGAAGAGAAACCGAUUCAGCAGUAGCAGCUCGGUAUUCCUUGUACCAAGAGCUAUGGAUGUCUCAGGAGGCAAUGGCACAUAAGAUUUUGAAUAAGACCAAUGUGACUAUGUUUGAAAAUUUGUUGCAAUUUCUAAGGGCCGAGUAUAAAAAGCUACCAGUAGGACUACUUCUGUUGACUUCAAACAGUGCUAACAAUACGAGAAUUUUACAGGAGCUUUACCGUUAUAUAGAAAGAUAUGGAAAGGAUGUGAAAAUUGCUGCCUUGAAUUCAAAAAACUGUGCAAAUAUCAAAUCGAUGCUUCGGGAAGUGGUCAAACAGUUUCUUAGCUUCAGUAACAUUUCCAAUGAGGAUAGAGAUGAGGAAGUAGAUGAUGAAUAUGAAGAUAAUGAGGGUAGGGUGAGCUAUGAUUUCGAUCUUGUUGAGGAUUGGUUCAAUUCCCAAAGACGCCCAGACAUGAAAUUGGUAAUUCUUCUUGAAGAUACUGAUUCCAUGGAUAGUCUUGUUUUGAACCAACUUAUUAGACUUUUAUAUUCCUAUUUCAAAAAAUUGCCAUUAAAAAUAGUCAUGGGCUUGUCAUCAGAGAAUGCUAGCAACUGGGUGAACUCUAAUUUAAGCAAUGACGUGAGAAUUUUAAUUGAUGGAUAUAAAUUUAAAAGUAAUAAUAAUAAGAGUUUGGCGUACACAAUUAUGAAUGAGUUAUUUUUGAAUGUGAAUACACCAUUGUUGUUGGACUCUGUUUUAUCGUCAAUAUUGUUGACUCGUUAUGAAAAUUCCAAUAAUUCAAUUGAUAUUCUCUUAUCUGAAAUUAAAUUAUCCUAUAUGAUACACUUUUAUGGAUCUCCGUUACCAAUUUUGCUUCAGAAAGAAUUCAAACUUACCAAGCCUUAUAUAGAUGCAUUGAGGAUGUUGCCAAGUUUUAAAUCUCACAUAGAAAUGAAAGUCCAUGAUCUUCGUGAAUUGAAGGAAAAUUUUCAGAAGAGCGAAGCCAUACCCGAAUCACAAAUGCCAAAUUCUAAGACGCAGCAUAAACUUAAAAUUGAAAUUGAUUUUUUGAAAAAUGAUAUUCAAGAACUCUUAAAUUCUGAUGAUGCUCUAAUUCAUUUAUUUCGCAGCUCACGUAUCCAGUUUCUGUCUUAUAAACUUUCCGUCUUUAAUGCUGUUAAUGUCAUCCACACUCUUCAGCCUGAAAAAAGUACUUUUGAAAUUUACAAAUUAAUUGUUAAUGCCCAACUUUUCAACUCGCUGCAUCUCAGUCGUUUUUUCAAACACUUGCAAACAUCGCCUGAGACAUUUAAAAGAAUAGAAAAACUAAGAGCAUCUGAAAACUUGGUCGAGAGCCUUGAUGGAGUUAAUGAUGAUAAUUUAAUUGAGCUUAAUAAUGAUUUGAGGCUUCUUACUUCGGAUAACUAUUCUUCAAAACUAAUUAAUGCGGUGCAAAGAUUUUUAAAUAACCCACAGUUAGCGAGACCAAUUAACCUGUUAUUGUUUAGUGAAAUUUAUACCAUAGAUGGUGGCUCCUUGGAAUUCAAUACUGCUAAGAGUAUUGAAGAGAAUAAGGAAAAUUUAAUGAUCAAUUUAAUAAGACCAAAUUUAAGGUCUAUUCUAGAGGCGGCAUUAGAAGAUUCUGAUUCUUAUUUGAAGAACGAACUCAUCUUGAAAGAAAUUGAAAGAAUCAGUGAAGUUAGGGCACCUCCACUUUCACAAUUAUUUGCUGUAUAUAAAGAUGCGCCAGCUUCUGUCAAUUUAUUCGAUUUCUACUCAGCCUUUAAGCAUUCACUCAACAAGGAGAGCAUUAUUGAUGAUAUAAAGCAAAACCUACUAAAAUGUGAUCUCCCCAACAAGAAGAAGCUAUUAGAGCUCGACAUUGAUUGGGAUAAAUUUACAUAUACAGUAUUCAUUCAAUCAUGUUUCGAAUUGAUAAUGAUGGGAAUUUUAAAAGAGAAAUCGAGAGCGGACUUUUUAGAAAAGUCCAUAUGGAAAGGUUUAUAG